CCUGAAAUCUGACUUGCUGCCUGGAAGAACACCUGAUGAGUCCAUGGGUGUGAAACAGGGUGCGUGAAAUUUGGAUUAAUUUCCCAGCCUGACUGUUGCGGUAUCUUCGAAAAAGUCGCGAUAAUGGCAUCAUCAACAACAUCAUGGUGUUGACUUCAACUUACCUCGUCAGCAUCUGUGAGCGCUUGCGCCGACCGCUCCCACACUCCGUUCGCUCCGCAUCAGGGGCAAGGGUCCUAUAAUUGGUGAUAUCCACACAUGGCAGGGAUUCUCCGACCACUCAGGCUCUCAACUCGCAAUCAUGUCAUCCACUUCCACGUCAGUCCGGAUUUCCCUGCCGCGGCGCUCCAACGUUAUCUUGAGCCCAAAUCUCCAUAGAGCCGGCCAAGCGUCUCCUUCUUCCUCUUUAGACGACAUACACCCGAAACCUUCUCUUCACGACGACGAAGCGCUUCCGAAAAUGCCGUCUCUCGGGGUGCACUGGACACCUCUAAAGAUUGGCCUUCUCACGGCCGUCUUCCUGAUAUCGGCCUGGUGGAUACUGCCGUUCCAACUGCCCGCGAUCCCUGAAUCCAUCGCGCAUGGCUCUUCGCCUAAGCCCGCAACUCCAGACCAACAGAGCGCGUCUUCAAAAGACCGACCGCUCAUCGUGUAUGCGUAUCAUGACUCCGAGAGCGCGCGAGCAAAUCUGGAUUACUUUGUCAACAAGGGUAUCCACAAUGGUGCAGACUUUGUCUUCAUCUUCAAUGGAGAUGCAAACGCGUCGAGCACCAUUCCUGACCUACCAAACAUCAGCAUCGUCAAGCGGGAUAACACCUGCUUCGACAUGGGUGCUAUUGGCGAAGUCUUGAGGAAGGAUGACCUGUGGAAGAAGUAUAAGCGGUUCAUCACGAUGAACGCUAGCAUUCGAGGGCCGUUCUUACCGGCGUGGAGCUCGUCUUGCUGGUCGGACUUAUACCUGAGCAAGGUGACGGAGACAACCAAGCUCGUCGGAAUGACACUCAACUGCAUCCCUAGACUGCAUGUUCAGUCCAUGAUCUUUGCUACUGAUGAUGUCGGCAUGGGCAUCCUCUUGGACCCCACAGUCGCAACAAGCGCGUCGGAAGACGACCGCUUCGGAAGCAAAGACGCUCCCGUUGGUCUCAGCGGGUGCUACGCGGACUGGAACGCCGCAGUCCAUGCCGAGGUCGGAACGACGGGCCUGAUCAUGAACGCUGGUUACAAAGUCGACGCCAUGAUGACCGCUCUGCAUUCCGAAGAAGGAGUAGAAGAGUACUGCAAGGCUCACCCGGAAUCCGGUGACUUGUUAUGGGACAAGAAGUAUUUCGGGAGCAACAUUCACCCGUACGAGACUGUCUUCAUCAAGGCGAAUAGGAAUGUUGAUCCGUCUCUGAUGUCGUCGAUGACGGAUUGGCAUAUGCGGAUGAAGUCUAACAGCUUCGAUGUGUGUGGCUCCUGAUUGGCGUAUGAGAGUAAGACUCUGUAUGAUAUCCCAUAGACUGUAGACAACCUAGAUAGAGUGUAAAUGUUCGGUGUAUCUAAGCGAUUUCAACAAUACAGAAGGCUUCGAAGCCAACAAUGCCAAUGAUAUUCAAAGGUAGUGUUGUUGGAAGCUGAGCUUGUUGCGUGACU